CACCACUCCGCGAGCGACGCGGCGCGCUGUCAAGAGCUCUGCUGCUGCUGGCUCCGAACAAAAAAAGUAUUUCUUCACGUUGGUUCAGUUCGCCUGUCGGCAGACAACUGGCCGAGCAGCGGCGCCAGCUGAUCGCGGAUACACCUGCAGGAGAAACUGCAAACAAAAAGCCAGUCUGCUCUCUCGCGAGCGAGCGAGACGUGAGGAGUCGUGACCGCGGACCCUAGGAAGGAAAUAUGCCAGCCGUCGCCAGCCCGUCCAGCCGUCAGCCGCCAGCCAGCCCAUGAGAAAAGAAGACUCCCUUGUCACGGCCGCCAAAUUAAGAUGAUGGCCAACACUUUCCUUCUGUGCCUGCUGCUGAUGCUGCUGCUCAAAGUGGACGCCGACUUGAAAGGCAAUCUGAUGACUUGUGAGAACGAGGGGAUGAAGGUGCCAGUGGACCGCCAGUUCCUUUGCUACAACUGCGUGUGCAAGAACCGUUUGAUUCAAUGCCAGCCGAAACACUGUCCGAAAACCGACGACUGCGUCCACCCAAAGACAAAGUCCUCAGACCCUUGCUGUCCAUCAAAAUGCAAAGGUUGUUGGUUGAAUGGGACGAUGUACGAGAGUGGAACGGUGUGGCGGCCAGACCCGUGCACCCACAUUGUCUGCGUCAACGGCGUCCUCACCGAAAGCCAAGUCGAAUGUCUCACGCCGUGCGAAAAGCCCCUGCCCAAGAGACCAAACGAAUGCUGCGCUCGCUGCCCAAACUGCGAACUGCGAGGCUACAAAAUGGGUGUGGGCACCGAGCUCAAGCCCAUCGAGGCCCCCUGCAUGACUUGCGUUUGCGACAAGAAGGGCACCAUGAUAUGCACGAGGAAGGCCUGUCCGGUGCUCAACUGUCCCAACCGCCAGCAGAUCGAGACGGGCUUCAUGGAGUGCUGUCCGCGCUGUAGACCAAUGCCACCAACUUCAAGACUUGUUUCAAGUAGCACCAGGCAAUUCCUGAAUCCACCCAAGGGUCACUGUUUACUGGGAAACUGGCUGCUUCGGAGCAACCAGGACUACGCCGUCAACUCGUGCUCCAGCUGCAGGUGCAUCGAAGGUGCCGCUGAACCGACCGUGACCUGCAAGGCCCAAACGUGCCCCUCCCUUGUUGAUUGCAACUUAAAAGAUCAGCGCCUCCUCAAGCCAACUGACUGCUGCAAAACCUGCGUGGCGCCCAAACCGAAGCUCGAAUUUGGAGGAGAAAAGAAAAAGUGCAUUUUUGGAGACAAAAUACUUGAGAGUGGUGCAUCCUUCAAGAGAGGAAAGUGUGUGGCUUGCCAGUGUGUGGAGGGCGAGAUGAAAUGCGCCAAGGCCGAAUGUGCCAUCAGACUGCAAACUGAAGUUCCUCACGAGCCGUCCGAACUAAUGCUGCAGACAGCUUACUGCAAACGCAACUUUUACCUCCGGCAGUUGCCUGACCAGUGCUGCCCUGAGUGCAUAGAAAGAGAGGGAAGGUGCUACGUUUUUGGAGGCCAGUUCAAGACCUUCGACGAUCGUCAUUUCAGCUUCCAUGGGAGCUGCAAAUACCAAGUGGUGACAGACUGUUCGGGAAAUAGGACCUUUUCCAUCAGAAUGUCUACAGCUCCUAUUGCCGACCUCAAUGGAGAAUUUGGCAGAAUUGUUACUGUUAAGCUUGCUGAACACAAAGUAACUUUAGGCCAAAGAUUACGAGUGAAGGUGGAUGGAAAGAGGGUGGACAAGCUACCCUUCCAGCUGAAUGAUGUUCUUGAACUGAAGAAGGAUGGCGAAUACGUCGCCCUCACUACAAAUAUUGGGUUGAAAUUGGCAUGGAACGGUCACUCCUUGCUGGAAAUCUCGGUGCCGGUGAGCAUGCACUCGAAGGUUUGUGGACUGUGCGGAAACUUCAACGGCAAGCCCGGCGAUGACUUUGAACUGCAGCACGGCGGACGCACCGCCAAAGCGGAGGAGUUUGUGGAGAGUUGGCGCGCCGGGGGCCUCAAGAGUUGCACCAGGAAUGUGCAGAGCCACCAGCCAAGUCACCGAAUGGCUGGCGGCGGGUCUUCGACGGCGCUGGCGGUGACCAGACAGGAGCAGGGCUGCUCGGCCUCUUCUAAAAAACACCAUCGGGACUACAGGAAGUGCAUGCCCAUUCGGUCGGACAUCUUCAAAAAGUGCCAUAUUGUGGUGCCUGCCAUGAGAUAUUACAAAGCCUGUCUGAACGAGAUGUGCAUGUGCCGUGACCGGUCAGGGGGCAACUCGCAUUGUCACUGCCAGGUGAUUGAGGCGUACAUCCGCGAGUGCAGCGUGAUGGCCGGCGCCUCGAUCUCUCCACACUUGCAGGCCUCCUGGCGCUACAUGACUGGGUGCUACCAGGAGGCGCCGGAGGCGCCGACCACCCUGCGCCAACGGAGGCAACACCGACAGCAGCGCCGGAGACACCACAAAAAAAGCGACUGAACAGGGAAGAGAUAGGACUUCCAUCUCGUAGUUAGACAGAUAAUAGGUUUUGCUUGAGCGGAAGAAAAUGAAUUGAUUGCGCGUCACAAAAUGGAACAACAAAAAUUAGAAAUAUCAGUCAAUGCUAAACUUAUGAACUAAGAGGGAAUUAUUUUUAAUGCUUAAGGACUGAUUUAGUAGUUAUCAAAUUUCAUAAAUUUAGAUACUUUUUUUAAAUAAUGAAAAAGAAUUACAUUUUUUGUUUGCCAUUUUUAAUGAAAUUCACCACAAAAUUUUUUAAUAAUAGAUGAUAAUUUUUACACUAAAAAUCUCCUUUUUUCAUAAUUUUAAAACUUUAGAUAUUGUUUUUCUAUUUAUAAACAAUUAAAUUUAAAUGUUCCCCUGUUGAUUUUUCAUAGAUAUUUUUGCUCUCGCCUUUCUUUUUUGUGACUACUUUUCUUCCGAACGGUGCAAAUAUUUAAUUCUGACGUUGGUUCGACUGUUAUGCCCACAUCGAGUCUCUGGCUUCAAACAAAAAUUAAUUAUCUCAAAACGAAAGAGAGACCGACAGGGGGUUUAUGUCUGCUUGCUAGUCUGGCAGGGAUUUCCGAUGAUGGGUAAUGCAAUAAUUAUUAAUUUUAAAUAAACAUAGAAAGUAGUGCAUGUGUGCAUGUGUUGUAUACUAACUUAUUUUUUGAUCGCAAAUCAUCUUUCAUUUUAUUUUAUAAUACUUUCUCGUCAAAAUAUUUUGUACUGCGUAUCAAAGUUUUGUACUUUUUUUUUUUGAACUGACAUAAUU